AUGUCGGCUUUGCAAUUGCAGAGGAUAGAAUCCAAUGGCACUGCAACGAGUUUGAAUGAUCAUUUCAACUUGCAACUGAUACCUAAGCAACAGUUGGAUCAAGCUGUGAAUAAUGAUCUGACAGGAAAUACCCUCGCGUCCGAGACGCAGAGAGGUUAUAUUCCGAGGAGACCUUCGGUCAGUGCUAAUGGUGUGAAUGUUUUUGAAGACUUUUUCAGUUUGCAAGAGCCUGAUGGCGGCGAAGCUACGCGGGAGAGUCGAAGACUUUCCAUCUCGGAAUACGACGUCGAUAAUGCCGGCUAUUAUGAAUACGAGUAUUUCGGUAAGAAGAAUGAUGAUAUGACACCACCAGCGACUUUUAACGACAACGAUGAGGAUAUAGUAAUGAUGAGUGACGACGAGGUGCGCCCGUUCGAGUUCGAUCUCGCUGGGAUGGCGAGUGGCGAUGCGCCGGAGCCGCAGCUCGAGAUAGACACUUUUCUGGCGGAGGAGUUCACCGAUCCGCUGAUUUAUGGGGCUGACGAACCGCAGAGGAAAAAGAUGAGGGAUUACUUCAAAUUGAACAUCUUCAGUAGUAACUCCGGCGCCGCCGACGACAGAAAGAAGUAUUUUUGGAGCAGGAAAAAGAAGAGCGCGCUCAAGAACUACGAGGAGGAAGAGCUUGUCGUCGAGGAGACGAGCAGCAGCAUAGUGAUUAACCCAUCCAAAUUGAUCUCCAAUCACCACGAGACGGUUGUACCGACGCAGGACAAAUACGACGACGGUGACGAAUAUCUUGGCGCCGAGCCCAUAUCGCAGUUCACAGUGUUCGAUGCGCACGUCCUCGACCAGAACGUCAAAUCGCUGGCACCGGCCACAGCGAAGCGAAAUUCAAGCAGUAUGCCGAAACCGCGGGGGCGUAAGCCAUCGCCCAUCCCGGAUGCAUCGAAGCAGUACGGCUGCGAGUACUGCGAUAGACGAUUCAAGCGCCAAGAACAUCUCAAGCGACACAUCAGGUCGUUGCACAUGGGCGAGAAACCCUUCAACUGUCUGAUAUGCGGAAAAAAAUUCAGCAGAAGCGACAACUUGAAUCAGCAUGUAAAAACUCAUUCGCACCAGGGACUAUAG